AUGCCUCCCUCCCCAUCCUCCGCCGGCGCGGGCGCCGCCUCGCCUUCUGGUUCCGCGUCCGCUUCAGCCUCCGAUCCGACCCCGUCUUGGUGGGAGUCCGUCUCGCAGGCGCGGUCCCGCAUCCUGGCGCUCUCCUCCAUCCUGCCCGCCGCGGUCUCCCACGACGUGGCGGCGCUGGCCGACGCCGACCGCCCGGCGCGCGCGCUCCUCCGCUCGCCCGGCGCCUACGCGGCGCUCUCCGACGCGCUCCGGGCGGGCGGCGGCGCCGACGACCCCGCCUGCCACUGGCUCUACGACACGCUCCUCUCCGCCGACCCGGACCUCCGCCUCGCAGCGCUCGCGUUCCUGCCCCUGCUGGCGGCGCUCUACCUCCGCCGCCUCCCACCCGAGCUCCCCUCCUCGCUCUCCGGCUUCGAGGCCGUCCUCCUCGCUGUGUACUCCUCCGAGGCCAAGAAUCGCCAGGGGAAGCCGAUCCUCGUCCAGGUGCCCGACCUCUCCGUCCCAUCCCUAUACCACACGCCGGCGUCCAGCCCCAGCUCCAAGUCCCCUCGCCGGUCGCAGCCCCCGCCGAUUCCCCCUCCGCAGGCGACUCCCGUGGUGGGGGUGCUCUCGCCGCCGCUGGAGCCACAGGCCGCGGUGAAAUCGACGAAGCGCGCCGGAAUUAUUGGAGUCGCAUUUGAGGCCUACUACUACAAGAUUUCGCAGAUGCCUGCUGCGUCGAAGGUGGAUGCCUGCAAUGCUGCGGCUGCGUGGGCAGGGCAGUACUGCAAAUGCCGUUUUGAGCUUGAUGACAAGGAACUGGAAGAAGAGGAGGGUGACUCUCUGGGGUCUGUCUCGCCAAUGUCCUCAGAGGCUGAGAAUGGGAAGGAACUGGAGGACGAAUUGGCCAGGAUGCGUAUCAAUGGAGACAUCAGUGGUCGGAAUUGCAGCGAAGAUGACAAGGAGGCGAGGGUGCCACUUCCCUGGGAGCUGCUCCAGCCAUUGAUGAGGGUUCUUGGGCACUGCUUGCUUGCGCCACUGAACCCAGCCGAGGUGCGUGAUGCUGCGUCAGAAGCAGUGAGGGUCGUCUAUGCCCGUGCAUGCCACGACCUUGUGGCACAAGCAAUCUUAGCAGCCCGAAGCUUGAUUGAGCUUGACAAGAGUGCACGAAAGGCUGCCAAGGCAGCAGCUGCUGCGGCUUCUGGGCAAAUUGUUGCAGUUGGCACUGCUGGAAGCAAUGCAUCAAGCUCUAGGCCAAGUUCAAAGCCAAAUACACCAAGCAAGCAGCGGAAGCCUGACACACUGCUCGUGUCCAAAUGA